ACUGAGAAGACACCGAAAACCACAGAAAAGCGAUUCGCCAAUCAAACAACCCGGUCAGUCAGCAGAGCGAGAGAGAGAGAUUAAGAGCGUGUAUCAUUUGGAUUAAAAUGAAAGCGUUCGUCAUUUGGCUCUGGUCAAUGCACUGAACGGGAAAACGCCGCCUGAUCGCGAUCUAUCAAACAACACAACAAUUCAGCGCACCGAUCCGCCCAAUAAUAAACGAAAAGGACUAUGACCGCACACAGUUUAGCGACAUAAGCGAUGCAAGAGGCCGUGCACACGGUAUGUGAUGUGAUCUUUCCUUUAUUCUCACAGAGAGCGCGCAGAGCCCAAUGAACUUGUGCAACCCCUAGUGCCACUGAGCUCCUUCCUGCGUUCUUCUUGUGCACUGCAGCACCCCCUAUAGGAACAUGUCUGCAGCGCAAACACAAAAUGAUCGGGAGCAGCGUUGGGGCUGUCUGGAAUCUCUGGGCCUCAGCCAGAGGGAACUGGUCCUAGCGGAAGCACUGCAAAUGGAAUACGAUGCCCUUGCCCUCCACCGACAGGACAAGGGUCCGGGAAGUACGCUACCCACAGACACCAGCAAGUCGUCCCCCUCGAGGAGUGAGCCAUUCAUGCCUAGAUGCGUUCCCAGUCCUCCUUGGAAUAAUUUGCAACAGGGUGUGUCAGGAUCUGACCCCAUCCUCAAUCAUGUUCAGCCCGAGAUGUCGAACCUCUCACGUUCCGUUGGUGACUCUCACAGCUAUAGUAAAGAAACUCGUUACAUUCUGGAUGAAUGGGAAAAUGACUUUGAGGGAACGUCACAAUUGCUAACGAAGGGACUCCCUCUAGAUGAGCCUCCACCAGUGCCACCCAGAAACCCCAUCCCCCAAAAUGAUCCAUUAAUUGUCCAUCGAAACUCAUCUCCACAGGAUGUUAACUUGUUCACUCCAGAGGUGGACCAGCCAAAGCUUUCAUCCGGAGACACUCUUAACUUCGAUAACCUCAAUGACUCUCUGAGCAAGCUCAAUGCAGAUUGGCCAUCACCUCGAAACCGAAGAGUAAACGGGGACAAAUCAGGGAAAGCAGUAGCUCGCAGCAACACCCUUCCACCUCAGGUUCCCCCCCGCAGCUAUCUUCCAGGGCAGAAGAGCACUAGAAGCCAGCGCAGAGUGUCAGUUGAUCCGGUGUCUCUGGGGACCAGGCCUAAUGGCUUUGGCUAUGAGCUCUUUCAGGUAUCUGAGGAGAGGGAUGAGGAGGUGGCAGCCUUCUGUCAUGUACUUGACUUGCUGCGAUCGGCGUACCCAUACAAUGAUUGCUCAAAAAAUGCAGGCUUUGUGUGGAGCCCAUGUGUGGCACAGGUGGAACUGGGGGUUCAGCAGGGACUGGGGGUCAGCAUCAAGGUCACUGUUUACAGUGACCACUUCAGAGAGCCGCUUACCUUCUCUUGUGAUGGAUCCUCCACUGUAGACCUGCUAAUCUAUCAGACUCUCUGCUAUGCCCAUGAAGACUUGGAUAUGAUUGAUGUGGAUGACUACCUACUAAAAAUCUAUGGCCAGGCAGAGUUCCUCAAAAACAAUCAGACUCUGGUGAGCUUCGAGUACAUUCAACAUUGUUUGAAGUUCGACUGGGACAUUCAACUCUGUCUUACCAAAAGAAGUUCUGUGAACAUGGAGCUCAUUCGAACGAUGGAGGAUGAUGAGACUCCAUCCACCAUGAACCACAAUAUUGUUCUGCAAGAGAGGCCAAUCAAACAGACUGUGACCAGGGAGGCGUUGACCCUACUCCUGGACACCUUUCACAAUGAGGCAGAAUCCUUCCUUUUAUCCGAGGUGGAGUUGCCAUUGCACGUGGAGCGGUUAGUGCAGUCAGUAAAGGCCCUGUGUAGCUCUCUAGCAUCUGUUGAAACACCUGACAUCACUGCUGCCCUCAACCAGCUGCCAGCGUGCCCCUGCAGACUACAACCUAAAGUGCAGAAGGAUGUCAGUGUCUUGGCAAAAAGAGAAAAUAGAGCAAAAAUAGUAGAGAAGUUGACCGCAGUCAUCUUGGAUCUUGUUGAGCUCUACUGUAGCACUUUCAAUGCUAAUUUUCACACCAUGCCACACAGCAGCAGAGCAACAGCCCCCAUACAGGAAGCUGGAACGAUCACCAAUGUCCUUUCUUUUAGCAUGUAUGCGGCUCAUCGCAUCCCCAUCACAUGGGCUGCCAGUUAUGAAAAUUUCUUCCUGUCCUGUUCUCUCACCCAUGGGGGGGUGGAGCUCUGUGCACCCCAGCACACCAGUAAACAGUCAGUCAGCAAAUAUCUCUUCCACUUGGUGGUUUGGGAGCAGAGAGUUUGUUUCCCCAUCCAGAUCAACCAGUUGCCAAGGGAGUCACUGCUUACCGUGACGCUAUACGCCACCCCUUUACCGCCCCCUGCCGGGGCGGAGGAGAAGAGCAAGCAGAAACGCAGUAUAGAAGCUCUUGGCUGGGUCACCAUGCCCCUAUUCAACUUUAGACAUGUUCUGACGUGUGGGAGGAAGCUGCUUGGUCUCUGGCCUUCAACUCCAGGCAGUGGAAAUGCUCGGUCCAGUACGCCCAACUUUAGCCAGCCAGACAGCGUAAUCCUCCAGGUGGACUUUCCCACUUCUUCAUUCGAGGUACGCUUUAGCACCCCUGCUCCUGCAGAGUUCAGUCCGAAGUACGAGUUCUCCCGUCUGGACCAGGUUAGCCAAAGGCAGCUAAAUGAUGUCCUGCACAAGAAGUCUCUUUUCUGGUUGAAUCCAGAGGACAAGCGUCUGCUGUGGGAAAAGCGUUAUUUCUGCCACGUGGAGGCCAGUCGUUUGCCGCUGGUCCUGGCCAGUGCUCCCAGCUGGGAGUGGGCAUGUCUGCCUGACAUCUACGCACUGCUUCGCCAAUGGGGAUGCAUGAACCACCUGGACACCCUAGGCCUACUGAAUGCCUCGUUUCCUGAUCAGGAGUGCAGACGCACAGCUGUACAGUGGAUGGACUCCAUCUCCGAUCCUGAGCUUUUGGACUUCCUUCCUCAGUUAGUGCAGGCUCUGAAGUACGAGUGCUAUCUGGACAGUCACCUGGUGCGGUUUCUGCUGAGAAGGGCCAUUGGAGAUGUGCGCGUUGCUCACUACCUCUUCUGGUUGCUGAAAGAUACACUUCAGGACUCUCAGUUCAGUGUGAGGUAUCAGUACCUGCUGGCCGCUCUGUUCUGCUGCUCUGGUCGUGGUUUGAGGGAGGAGUUUGAUCGGCAGUGCUGGUUGGUCAACAUUCUGGCAAAAGUGGCCCUGCGGGUCAGAGAUGCCUCACCAUCAUCCAGACCGGCUAUUCUCCGUGAUGGUCUGGAAGAGGUCCGAGUGUUCUUCUCUAUGAAUGGCAGCUGUCGACUUCCCCUCAACCCGGGCCUGCUCGUCAAGGGCAUCAACAUACAGUCUUGCUCCUACUUCAACUCAAAUGCAGUUCCACUUAAGCUCUCCUUCCAGAACCAGGAUACUCUUGGAGACAACAUCAACGUCAUCUUUAAGUCUGGAGAUGAUCUGAGGCAGGACAUGCUGACCCUGCAGAUUAUUCGGAUCAUGAAUAAGAUCUGGAUCCAAGAGGGGCUGGACAUGAGGAUGGUGAUCUUCCUGUGCUUCUCUACUGGACGUGGCAGAGGCAUGGUGGAAAUGAUUCCCAAUUCAGAAACCCUAAGGAAGAUCCAGGUUGAGCACGGAGUAACUGGUUCCUUCAAGGACCGUCCGUUGGCAGACUGGUUGCAGAAACACAACCCCACUGAGGAAGAGUAUGAAAAGGCAGUGGAAAACUUCAUCUAUUCGUGUGCUGGUUGUUGUGUGGCCACCCACAUUCUGGGCAUCUGCGAUCGUCACAAUGACAACAUUAUGCUGAAAACAAGCGGACACAUGUUCCACAUCGACUUCGGCAAGUUCCUGGGCCAUGCACAGAUGUUUGGCAGCAUCAAACGGGACCGGGCUCCUUUUGUGUUUACGUCCGACAUGGCGUAUGUCAUCAAUGGAGGUGACAAGCCAUCGAGCCGGUUCCAUGACUUUGUGGACUUGUGUUGCGAAGCCUACAAUCUGAUAAGGAAACACGCACACCUCUUUCUCAAUCUGCUCGGCCUGAUGCUGUCCAGUGGUAUUCCAGAGUUGUCUGAUGUGGAUGAUUUAAAAUACGUUUAUGAUGCUCUACGACCACACGAGUCUGAAGCAGAUGCCACCAUGCACUUCACCAGGCUAAUUGAGUCUAGUCUGGGCAGUGUGGCCACUAAGCUCAACUUCUUCAUCCAUAACUUGGCCCAAAUGAAGUUUGCAUCCUCUGAGGAGCGCCCUGUGCUGUCUUUUGCUCCACGUGUCUACACCCUGAAGACUGACGGCCCAAUUCGCAGCCUGUUUGUUUGCAGACACAUCAAAACCUUUACCCCAAACAAGGGCUACUCUUAUGUUGUAAAAGUAGAGCGAGAAGGUCAACAGGUAGCAACAUUAGUCCAGAGGACCUUUGAGGAGUUCCAUGAACUUCACAGUAAACUACAGCUCAUAGUCCCUUCCUCAAAACUACCCAGCUUUCCCAGCCGCUAUGCCAUUGGUCGAUCUCGAGGUGAGGCCCUGGCAGACAGAAGGAAAGAGGUGCUAAAUGGAUAUGUUUGGCAUUUGAUCCAUGCUGCUCAAGAGGUGGCACAGUGUGAUCUCAUCUACACCUUCUUUCACCCUCUACCAAGAGACGAACGGACUGGAAGUGUAGGAACUGUUGUAAAUACAUUUCAUAAUAAGCCAGCAGAUGUGUCUUGGGCUCCUGUGCCCGGUAAGAUGGCAGGUGAAGUAAAGCUCUCGAUUUUGUACAAGAGCGACAAAAUUUUCAUUAUGGUGAUGCACAUCCGAGGCUUGCAACCUCUGCAGGACGGAACAGAUCCUGAUCCCUACGUCAAACUGUACCUCCUCCCUGACCCCCAGAAAACCAGCAAGAGGAAGACUAAGGCAGCCCGUCGCACAUGCAAUCCCACUUACAAUGAAAUGCUGGUGUAUGACCGGGUACCACAUGGUGACUUGCAGCAGAGGACCAUUCACCUGCGAGUACUGAAUGAGGGAGCAUUCUGGGAGAACACCCUGUUGGGUGAAACCAUCAUCCAUUUGAAAGACCUCAUACCGGGUCAUCGCUGCGUGGACUGGCACCAACUAGGCACUAGAGGCUCUGACAUAAACCGUUAAAGAGAAUACAGAGACUGGUGUGUGCAUGUGUUUGCGUUUGUCUUUGCUUAUGGGUCGGGGAGUUGGAGAUGCCCAGCUGCUCAGAAGGCUGUUUCCCCCAGUGGGGGUGUUUUGUUGUUGAUUCUCCAACCCAGGAGACGUGUAGAUUCAGUGAUGGAUUGGAUUGUCAUCACUUGAUACUGUUCUGUUGGGGUAAUGUGCACCGUGUGAACCAGACCUUGGAUGAAAGAAUGCAGUUCUUGGUAACACAAUGGGACAAACACCAUUUGGUGACACAAGGAUUGGCAGUGACCAAGAAAGGACAUUUAAAGACGAUUUUUGGGGUGAUUUCUAGAAAUCUGUUGAAAGUUUGCUGUUCAUAUUCACAAAAUUUUAAAGCCCCAUUUUGUCGUCUUGAGAGUGCAAAUUUAAGUUAUUUUCUUUUUAAGAUGUUUCUCUAUUGUGGCUCAAUUUUGAGCCAUGUCGUUUCAUGUGACAUUAGUUGUAUCAGAUUUGGCAAAGGUUUACCUAGAAAUAAACAAUUUGAGGCUGCUUUUGUACUGUUAACCUAGGUAAGUUUGCAUUGCCUAUGGCAGGAAUUUAUCUGAUCACCAGGAAAAAGGAAAAAUGCUUGAUAGUCUUUGGCUUCAAAAAGAAAUUUGAACCUUGGCAUAAUAUAACCACUGCAGUGUAAAUUACACAAUUAUUUCAUACUGAUAGUUUGCAUAUUUACUGAUUAUUUUACCUAUAUGGUUUUGAGGUCUAAAGAAACAAGACUAAUUGUAUGAAUCUAGAUCUAAGCUGUUUUGUCAUCAGCAGAGUGAAUGUAGAUAUAUAUGUAUAUAUACAAUAAUUGGGUGCAUACAAGCCAAACCAUGAAUUGCAUGUACAGUAUAUUGACAACAGAGACAACCUCUGAGGAAAAAGGAAACAUAAACGUCUAACCUUUCUUUCUAAAAUUAUGGCACAAACUUUAUAUGCUGGGAAGGCUUUUGAAGGGACUUGACCUCAGGGUCAACAGUUUUGCCUUGUUGGUAUAUAAGCAUUAUCUACACAGGAAAAUUUAUAUUUAAAAAUAGUUGAUUUGCAUGUUGUGAAAUUUGCUACUGGAUAAAUAUUGCACUUUUGCAUUUGUUUGUCAAGUACAAUGAACUCACUUUUUUCCAAGUUUUAUUGGUUAUUAUAUUUUUUUUGUUUUGGUCAAAGGGAAUGAAAUUAAAGCUUUACACUGUAGUUCCAUCAGUAUUUCCAUUGUUUCUUCUUAUGUAAAACCGCAUGCAAAUUUAGUGCUGUAUACACCACAGGAGCUUCUCUUUUCCCCUGGGAAACUUGUGCUGAGAAACACUUUGCAUUCCAAUUUGCUUUGUUUUGCACUCAGUUUGAUGUUGAGGAGAAAUACCUGAUAGCUGAAUUAAAGGUCUAAGGUAUAAUGAGGAAAAAAAAAAAGGGAAAAAAAUCAUUUUGUUAGAACUUAUAGGAAAAGUAUGAGAUGUUUUGAGCAAAACUGCAUUACAGGACCUUUUUCAUUCUUUUAAAAAAUAAAUAACUUGCCAGUCAAACGUUCAACCGCUUUAUGUCAAGGUGCUGUAACAAUCAAAUAGACCUUAUUCACAAUAGCGCCAUCUUUGAGGGAUAGCCUUACCAUCUCUUCAAUGACAUGCACUAAAAGCUAUUUCUAUUUCUUGGAAAGUUUGUCAUCAUAACGAUCCAAAAAACUUUAAACGACUGCAUAUUUAUCCCUCACAGCCUGGAUGUCAUUCCUGUCAAAAAUCAAAGAUGGCGCUGCCAUGAGUCAAAUUAGUCCAUUUUCUGUGGCUCUUUCUAACCAUAUAAAGAUGUCCCUUUCAAAAAAGAUGAAUGGUUGCUAGUGUUUUUUUGUUUGCUUCUAGGACACUACUCUGUUAUGUUAAACAUAUGAGAAAUUAUUGUACCAUUGCAUGCCAACCUGUGAGGCAAAACCGAUUGUUCGUUUGUUAUGAAUGUGCAGAGUGUGAAUAAAGGUAUAGAAUUUUAAUAACAUCAGUGACACUUGUUUAAAUAACAAAAGAGGAUGUGAGGGCAACAAAUGGGAUUUAGCACUCUGUAAAAGCUGAGAAUUGUGAUGGGAUUUAUGGAUAGAAAUGGACUUUAUCCCAUUUUUAGACAUAAUGUGUAAUGUUUUCUAAUUUCAAACCAUGUGUUUGUUCGUUUUGUACUUUAUUUGCACUUAAUAAAUGCACAGGGA